CCACACAAACAUUCAGAGCGGUGCUUGCUAUCGUUACAGACAGUGAAGUUCUGAAACCUCUGGAGUGUUUACCGUGUGAGUUCUCCUCUCCUUGUGGUAGCUCGUUGAGGUGUCGGGUAAGACCUGUAGCCUGUAAAAGAAGCAGCGAUGCCGAAGAAGAAAGUCACCAAAGUGAAGAGGGCAAAGGCCGGGAAAGGAAAAAAAGAAGCCAAACAAGAGUCAAAAGCAGACAAAGAGUCGGACAUGGAGAAGGCAAGGGCCAACGCUGCCCUGUGGGAGCUGAGGUUACAGGUCAGCGACCAGUCGCUCAUGCAGUACCGUGAGGCUUGCCAUAAGUUAGCAUGCACAAACGAGGUGCUCACCAAUCAGCUGUACCGCGCUGAGAAGGACUCCAUCGACAUGACUGGCUUCUUGAAGAGACAGGAUGCAGCUAAAGAGGAGAAGAUUAGUGUGCUGCAGAGAAGCCUCAAAAGACAAGAGUUACUCUUCCGUGAAGAGCAAAACAAACUGACAGAAGAUUAUACACUCCAAAUCAAUGACAUGAAGGAGCUGUUCAGAAAGAAGUCAAGUGAUUUUGACAUGAUUCAAGAUGGAUUUCGAAAAAUUAAGGAGUUUCAGAAGACAAAAUUCCUGAUGGAGCAGGAACUGAGUGACAUCAGAGAAGACAUGGAGGCUGAGAACAAAGAGCACAGUGAAAACCUAAACAAAAUGGAGUGCAAGUUCUUAAAAGAAAAGGCUCAGCUGGAGAGUGAAGCUGAGGGAAGGAUAGCCGCGGUAGUGAAGGAGGCCCACAAUGAAGCCAUCGUGCAGUUGGACGACACCUUGCGCUCCGUGUUCAGGGAGAAUGUUCGCCUCAAUGAAGCACUGAAAUAUCACAUAAAAGAGGCAGAGGAUCUUGUGAAACGGACAAACACACUGGCAGAGGAAAAUGCAUCUCUGGCGCUGGAAAAGAGCACGUAUGAGUCAAUUGUAAAGAAGAAUACAGCUCAGAUGGAGGCCCCAAAAGAGGAGCUUUCUCAACUUAAGGCCAAGAUAGCCUUCCUGGAGAAUGCCCUGGAGCUUAAAGCGGGUUUGUAUGAGCAAAAGAUAGAGAAGGAAAAGGAGAGGACCCUGGUCAAGACCCAGGCCAGCCAUGUAGAGCUGGAGAAGCUGCAGAAAGUGCUUACAAUGCGGGAGAGAGAAUUGGGACACAUCAAGCAGCUAGCGAGCUCCAUCGUCAAGCAGCGCACGGAGCUGGAGCAGUUCUUCCACGAGGGCCUGGCUCAGGUAAAGCAGGAGAUUGUUACCAGCAGGAUGCAGUACAAAAAGGAGGCAAUGCAGGCUUAUCGCUGGAGGAUGAGAGAAGCCACAGCAGGAAAGCUAAAGUUCCCACCCAUCCGCACUUUUCAUAAAAGCCCCCACAGUACCAACUCCGUGUUUUCAGAUAUGGAGGCAGCCUCACAGUGGACUCAUCAGCCAGGCAGCAAAGUGGACAUUUCAGAUCUCACCUGGGAGCAGAAGGAACAAGUGCUCAGGCUUCUCUUUGCUAAAAUGAAUGGACAGACUGUAAGGAAAGCGAGCAGACAUCUGGUUUUGUCUGCCUCCCCUGACAAGAAGAGCCCCACUGAGAGGGAUGCUGCUGCCGUAAUUAGAGAGGAGCAGUCCCUGGCGACCUUCAUCACAGAGGCGCCUGAGCCCGCUCUGCCCCCGAACCCAACCAGCCUACCGGAUAUAUACACCACAUGACCUCUGUUUGGCCUUUGCAGCGCACAUCAAACUCCGGAUUGUUUGCCUUUGCUUUGUGCGCUUCCCACAGAGUGUCAAUCAUGUUUACUGUAGAACACACAAGUGUUUGUUAUAAAUAUCUUACCGUGCAUGAA